AGUUGGACGAUAGAUGUCAUGGUGGCAAGAAAGGUGUUGGUUUUGCAGAUGAUGAAUCAAAUAUUACUCUGAGUUAUCAAACUCCACCGUCAAUAAGGAAACCUACGCCGACUAUAGGGAUUUUGUGGACACAAGGCCUGAAGUAGGAGCAAUUGUGGAUGCGUGGUGGUGGGAAGGCAUCGUAAUUGGAUGCCAUAAACUUCCGCUCUACUUCCCCGGUGAGAAAACGAUUUUGUCGGUAGAGCAGCUGUUGGAGCUCCCAACCACACUCCAAAGUCAGCCACUGCUUGAUAAUGCUUUAGAUGAGGUUUUUUAUAAUCAGGUUUUUGGGGCUACAUAUGUGAGCAUCGAUGUGCUUGAGAACAAUACUACUAGGUGGCAGUUCAAGAAUCUUAAAGCAGUAUUGAUGAAUCUGAAGACCAAGAUUCAUGCCCGUGGGUCAUUUGGUCCUGAUUUCCAACAGACGAAGUUCCAGAACUCUUUAAAAUGGUUAAGGGAUGUGGUGCGGAAGUUACAUUCGACAUAUAAAAGACGGAAUGAUGCUGCUGGUGACGUGAUACACAUAUAUGCGCGCACGAAGUGUUUUCUCCGACUAAGGAAAUACAAGAAAGUAGUAUCUCCCCCCGUUCACAUUACUCCACAAGACCUCAGCCCAAAGUAUGCUGAGAAAUUGGGUUCAGGGGAUGCUGUCCUUACCCAAAUCCCAGAAGCCAUCACAACAACUUGUUUACGGCCGAAGGACAGUGAAGUUUAUGCUUUCUAUGAUGAAGAAAAAACCCCAAAUGCCUUGGCCGGAGGACCAGAUAUGGUCAUUCAAGAGCUCCCUGAACAUUGUUGGCAGCCCAAUACUGGAUGCUGUGCUACACAAGGCUUGCAUUAACAAACCGAUGCUUCGCUGGUUAAGACUCAAAUCUAAGGUCUCCUGAGGAACGUAGCAUUCAAAGAUAGUGGUUGCCGAAUGACUCCCGAUAAGAAGCACCAAUUCAUGUCUCUCGGCUAUUCAGCAAAGAGCAAGAUGGCAAACACAAUGGGGCAUUGUAGCCUGUAGGACCUGUGAUCGCUACAAGAAAUUAUUAAUUUUGUAACUUGGUUUUUUUGUUUCUAAAUUCACUUUUUCCGUUACUAAUGAUAUUAGAGACGGAAUUAGAGAUGGAAUUA